AUGGAUGGCGUGAGAGUGCGUUUGAUGUUUGUGUUUGAUGCCUGGGAUAUGGACCAUGCGGAAGCGGUGUCGAAGCGUCUUUUCUUUGAGAUUGCGAAGGCGGAUGUUGGAAAUGUCUUCAAGACAUCGAUCACCAAAGACUUUAAGGAGGGGUUUGUGGUCAACAGCUAUGAUAAGGUUGUCACAGCCCAGUACAAAGAAGCAAGCUUUGUCGAGUGCGUCUACCACUGCAAGGGCCUCGCCUUCGAUGGGAGCAUAUCUGGAUUCGGCGGUGUGGGUAAAACGGCUUCCGACCAGGGUAAUUUUCCAGCCAGUUUUACAGCAGAAAGGCCUCUCAGCAGGGCAGUCGCAGUGAUUCUGAAAUAG